AUGAAUGGGAAGACAUAAAUGGAGGAACCACUUGGACUGAAGAACCACCUAUUUCUCCACUCCCCAUUCAAAGCCUCAAACAUAAAUUUUAAACCGUUUGAUCUACUAGAUCCACACUUGUUUACUAGAUCCGCUAGAUUCACUUUUUUCCACUUGAUCCACUAGAUCCGCUAGAUCCGCUACGCUUGAUACACUAUCUCCAUUCGGAGCCUUAUUAUCGGUAACAACCAAAUACUUCCUUUUAAAAGUUUUAGUUCAAGUUUACUGUUGUCUAAUUCGGUUACGCAUUAAUUUAGUUGUUUAUAUAUAUAUCUCCUUUAGGUCUAGUUUGGUUGUAUUUAAUCAUUUGUGUUGUGUCCAUAUGAAAACAUCUUGAAUGAAGAAAACGUUUCAUAAUAUAUUUUGCUUUUGGAUUCAAUACAUGAACGGUAGCUUUAACUAGUAUGAUAGAGAUGUUAAGUGAGAGACCUAAACAAACUUUAAUCCAACAAAUUAUUAGUUGGGAUAGUUUUCGGCCACUAAUUUUAUCGCGAUAAAUAUUUGACCUCCAACGUACAGAAUAGUGUUCUUGAGAACUAAAUUUCGAAAUUAUAUUUUCGAACCUUUUAACAAACUAAAUAUUGUUUGGUCAUAAGAAAACUACAAAACAUCUAUUACAUUUGUACGGAAGGGCAUCCGCAUCACAAAUAUGUAUCAUAGCAUGUUAUACCGAUUAAAAUGUUAUCAAUAAUCCAAAGCUGAACCCACUACACAAAACAAAAUAAUCAUCUUAUCUCUACAAAAAAAAAAAACUAAGUAUCCUACACAAGACAGUAUAAUCAUCUUAUCUCCACCAAUUAUUCAUAAUUUUGGUCCCAUGAUAUGAUCGACCAAACUCAUAAGAACGAAACUUGGUUCUCAAACUCGGAUCAGAUACUGUCUCGUUAGUAUUAAUCAAAAUUCUAUAUUUUCUAAACUAAUUAUUCAAUUGUUAAUUUAAAAAGAAAAAAAACAAUUUGUUUUGCUAUAGUUAGUAAUGAGAACUUUGUCACUUAUUAGCUAAAACAUUUAAACUCCUACUCUGUUUUUGUCCUUCUCAUUAACGGUCUUACCUUGCUAACGUGAGUGCUACUAGCAAUUCAACCCAAAAUGUUCAAAAGAGCACUAACUACCUACUAAACCCAAAAACAUAUGCACGAACAUGGGGUAUCAUUAUUUUAGUGGUUACAACUUACACCAAGGUAAUAUAAUUUAAUAAAGUACUGGUUACAUUUAUUAUUUACUUUAAAAAGGAUAAAGACAUCUUUUACUUUAUUAAGACAGCUUUUUGAGUUGUAAAUUCAGAGUUACAUUGGAUACCCUUCUUCUUUCUUUGACCAUUCUCUCUCUCUCUCUCUCUCUCUUUCUCUCUGGUCUCUCUACCUGAAAAACCCGCUAACAUUGCUCUCUCUAUCUGUCUCUGUCCCUUUCUUCUUCCUUUUCCAAUAAAACUCAAAUAAAUAAAAAAUGUCUCAAGAUUCUCCAACUACUACUACUAUUACUACUCCGCCGCCACCUUCAACCUCCGGUGAAGAACUAGAGCCAAAGCUUGUAACUUUGGAAGCAGAGCAGGCAUUGGGGACUCCGGAGCCAAAUCCUCAGCUACCUUUGAUGCCGGAGCUAGAGCAGCCUAGCCACGUGACGGAGGAGGAUUUAGAGCAGACACGUGAAGUGACUUCGGAGCAAGAGUGUCUCAACCACGCGGCGGAGGAUUCAGAGCUGACACAAGUAAUGACCCCGGAGACAGUGACUUUGGAGCCUAAGCUUCUCAACCAUGGGGCAGAUGAUUCAGAGCAGACACAUCAAAUGACGCCGGAGACAGUGACUUUUGAGCCAGACCCGUCGGAGGAGGAGUCAGAGAAGACGGAGACAGAGCCAUCACAGAAACUGAUGUUAGAGCAGAGGAGGAAGUACAUGGAGGUAGAAGACUGGACAGAGCCGGAACUACCAGACGCGGCGGUGUUAGAAGCUGCAGCAUCCAUACCUGAGCCGAAGCAACCGGAGCCUCAGGCGGUGUUAGAAGCUGCAGCGUCCAUACCUGAACCAAAGCGACCAGAGCCUCAAGCGGCGGCACCACCUACUACUACUGCUUCUUCCGGUGAAUCUAGAUCGCUGGCUGAUAUGAUGAACAGAGAAGAAGCUGAAGCAGAAGAGAAACCAAAGAUUCAGAUUCCUCGUAGUCUCGGCUCAUUCAAAGAAGAGACAAACAACAUCUCCGACCUUUCCGAACACGAGUUAAACUCACUUCACGAGCUCCGCAACCUUCUUCAAGAAUCACAAGAUUCAGGCAAAAGCUCUAUAUGGGGUGUGCCGCUACUCAAAGACGACCGAAGCGACGUCGUUUUGCUAAAGUUCCUAAGAGCAAGAGACUUCAAACCCCAAGAAGCUUACUCAAUGCUCAAGAAGACACUCCAAUGGAGAAUCGAAUUCAACAUCGAAGAGCUUCUCGAUGAAAACCUCGGGGACGAUUUAGACAAGGUUGUGUUCAUGCAAGGACAAGACAAGGGGAAUCAUCCUGUCUGUUACAAUGUCUACGGUGAGUUUCAGAACAAAGAUCUUUAUCAGAAAACGUUCUCGGAUGAAGAGAAGAGAGAACGGUUCUUGAGAUGGAGGAUCCAGUUUCUUGAAAAAAGUAUAAGGAAUCUUGAUUUUGUAGCUGGUAGUGUUUCAACGAUCUGUCAAGUAAACGAUCUUAAGAAUUCUCCUGGACCUGGUAAGACUGAGCUUAGGCUAGCUACUAAGCAAGCUCUUCAUCUUCUUCAGGACAAUUACCCUGAGUUUGUCUCUAAACAGAUAUUCAUCAAUGUUCCAUGGUGGUACCUUGCGUUCUAUAGGAUUAUUAGUCCUUUCUUGACACAAAGGUCAAAGAGCAAACUGGUUUUCGCAGGUCCUUCAAGAUCUGCAGAGACCCUUUUCAAGUACAUUUCACCAGAACAUGUCCCGGUUCAGUAUGGCGGACUAAGUGUGGAUAACUGCGAUUGCAACUCGGAUUUCACACAUGAUGAUGUCGCUACUGAGAUUACUAUUAAACCAGCUACUAAACAAACCGUCGAGAUUAUUGUUUAUGAGAAAUGCACGAUUGUGUGGGAGAUAAGAGUAGUGGGAUGGGAGGUUUCGUAUGCAGCAGAGUUUGUGCCGGAGAACAAAGAAGGUUAUACAGUGAUCAUUCAGAAACCAAGGAAGAUGGCUGCGAAAAAUGAACCAGUGGUGUCACAGAGCUUUAAAGUUGGAGAAGUUGGUAGGAUUUUGCUAUCCGUGGAUAACCCGACUUCAACCAAGAAAAUGCUUAUCUACAGGUUCAAGGUUAAGCCUUUGCCAUGUGAGUAAGUAAAUUCGCAUCUUUCUCUUUCUUCGUGUGUUCCUUAGUUUAGAACGAUCAUAUGAUUUGUUAGUUGUGUUUUUUUUUUUCUUUCUUGCUUAUAUGUUGGUGACUUAUAUGGCUUGUGUGGUUCUGUUUUUGCUAAUUCUUUUGUUUUAUAUUGUAUUUUCUCUCAUAUCCAAAUUUCACCCCAAGGACGAUGAUGUUUUGUGUGUUGAAUUGCUUUUAAAGGGAAACCAAGCCAUAGGCUUCAA